AUGGUUCAAAAUAAGUCUCUCGUCUACAAGCAGAUCCCACAAGGGUUUCCUGUAGCUGGAAAGGAUCUUGCUGUCGAGACCCGCGAAUUUGAUAUUGAUCAAGCACCUCCAGCUGGCGGAGUCACCACAAAGAACUUCUAUGCCUCAUUCGAUCCAUAUCAGCGAGCCAAGAUGCGGCCGACGGACAAGAAAUCCUACACACCACCAUACAACCCAGGGGAGCCAUUUUACAACAGUGGUGUUGGAAAGAUUAUUAAAUCGGACAACGACAAAUACAAGCCAGGAGAUUUGGUCACUGGAAUGAUCAACACCGAGGAGUAUUCCGUCGUUCAAAAGCAGAUUGCAGAUACCAUGAUGAGAAAGAUUGACAACCCAUACAACCUCGAUCUCCAGGUUUUCCUUGGAGCGAUGGGUAUGCCAGGACUCACUGCAUAUUCCUCUUUCUACGAUAUCGGCAAGCCAAAGAAGGGCGAGACGAUUUUCAUCUCUUCCGCUGCCGGAGCUGUCGGCCAAGUUGUCGGUCAAUUGGCAAAGCACGAAGGUCUGAAAGUUAUUGGAUCUGUCGGCUCGGCCGAGAAGCUCGACUUCAUCACCAAAGAACUAGGUUUCGAUGCGGGGUUCAACUACAAGGACGAGAAGACAGCAGAUGCACUUGCCCGUCUCGCUCCCGACGGAAUCGACAUCUACUACGAGAACGUCGGCGGAGAGCAACUGGAGGCCGCUCUCAACGCAUUCAACGAGCACGGCCGAAUCGUCGCUUGCGGCAUGAUUUCCGACUACAACAAGUCCGAUACCGAGAAAUACGGUAUCAAGAACUUGUUCCAGUUUAUUGCCAAGCGAUUGACAAUGCGCGGAUUCAUCGUGGGUGAUAAGGAUAUGGGACCAAAGUAUAUGGAGGAGCGUAACAAGAAUGUCGCGAAAUGGCUUUCGGAGGGCACGUUCAAGGCUAAGACACAUGUCACGGAGGGAAUGGAUAAUGCUGCUGAGGGAUUCAUUGGGAUGCUUCAGGGUAAGAAUUUUGGAAAGGCAGUGUUGAAGAUUGCUGAGCAAGAGGUUUGA